CGGGCGAGGGAGGAGAGAGUUCACUUUUGCCCCGGUGUCAGCGAGACGCGGCCGCCGCGGGCGCGGGCGAAGGAACACCGAGGGAGAGGGUCGGCCAGCUCGGAGAAGCCGGGCGAGGGCAGCCGGAGGCGGGAUCGGAGCGCGCCCCUGGGGCGCGGAGCCGGCGAGCCUGGCUAGCGAGGAGAGCUACGGGGGGCGCGCCCCGGGAGGCCCCCCGGAGCAGCGCAGGAUGCCGCACGAAGAGUUGCCGUCGCUGCAACGGCCCCGCUACGGCUCGAUCGUGGAUGAUGAAAGACUGUCUGCGGAGGAGAUGGAUGAGAGGCGGCGGCAGAACAUCGCCUAUGAGUACCUGUGCCACCUGGAGGAAGCCAAGAGAUGGAUGGAAGUCUGCUUAGUUGAAGAACUGCCACCAACCACUGAACUGGAAGAAGGGCUCCGGAACGGAGUCUACCUUGCGAAGCUAGCCAAGUUCUUUGCCCCGAAAAUGGUAUCAGAGAAGAAGAUCUAUGACGUGGAACAGACUCGUUAUAAGAAAUCUGGCCUUCAUUUUCGACACACAGAUAACACCGUGCAGUGGUUGAGAGCUAUGGAGGCCAUUGGACUACCCAAGAUAUUUUAUCCAGAAACGACAGAUGUCUACGACCGGAAAAAUAUACCAAGGAUGAUAUACUGCAUUCAUGCACUAAGUUUGUAUCUGUUUAAACUGGGGAUUGCACCCCAGAUCCAGGAUUUGCUGGGAAAAGUGGACUUUACAGAGGAGGAAAUCAGUAAUAUGAGGAAAGAACUGGAGAAGUACGGGAUCCAGAUGCCAGCCUUCAGCAAAAUAGGUGGCAUUCUGGCCAACGAGCUGUCUGUGGACGAAGCUGCACUGCAUGCUGCAGUCAUAGCCAUUAAUGAGGCUAUUGAAAAAGGAGUGGCCGAUCAGACCAUUAUAACACUAAGAAACCCAAAUGCAGUUUUAACCUUCGUGGAUGACAACCUCUCACAGGAGUAUCAGAAGGAACUCUGGGAAUCCAAAAAGAAAAAAGAGGAAAAUGCAAAACUGAAGAACAGCUGCAUUUCAGAGGAGGAAAGAGACGCGUAUGAGGAGCUGCUGACACAGGCAGAAAUCCAGAGCAACAUCAAUGCGGUCAAUAGGCUGGCUGCCGUGGACCACAUCAAUGCUGUCCUUCGGGAAGGAGACCCUGAGAACACAUUGCUUGCACUGAAGAAACCAGAAGCCCAGCUGCCAGCUGUGUAUCCCUUUGCUGCCAUUAUGUACCAGAAUGAACUCUUCAACCUCCAGAAACAGAACACCUCGAACUACUUGGCCCAUGAGGAGCUCCUGAUUGCCGUGGAGAUGCUGUCUGCUGUUGCUUUGCUAAACCAGGCCUUGGACAGCAAUGACCCCGUGUCUGUGCAGAACCAGCUGCGAAGUCCCACCAUCGGCUUCAACAAUCUGGACGAGGCACACGUGAACCGGUAUGCAGAUGAGCUACUGUCUGUUAAACAAGAAGUGUUGUCUCAAGGGCAAGAUACCUUAAGCUGGAACGAAAUUCAGAAUUGUAUUGACAUGAUUAAUGUCCAGAUUCAAGAAGAAAAUGACCGAAUGGUGGCUCUCGGGUACAUCAAUGAAGCCAUCGAUGAAGGGAACCCUCUGAAGACAUUAGAUACCUUGCUGCUACCCACCGCUAACAUCAGAGAUGUGGACCCAGAUUGUGCCCAGCACUACCAGGAUGUUUUGUUCCAUACGAAAUCUCAGAAACUCCUGGAUCCCGAGAGCGUGUCUAAAGUUCUCUGGCUGGACGAGAUACAGCAAGCCAUCGACGAGGCCAACGUGGAUGAGAACAGAGCAAAACAAUGGGUUACACUGGUCGUUGAUGUCAACGAGUGUUUGGACAGAAAACAAUCAGAACAUAUCUUGUCUGUCCUGAAGUCUUCUACUAGUAAUACCCAUGACAUAAUCCCAGAGUGUGCCAUCAAGUACUACGAUGCCCUUGUGAAGGCAAAAGAGUCCAAGACUAACAAUGUGUCUAGUGAAGGUUCGUGGGUCAAACUCAAUCUGCAGCAGAAAUACAACUACUAUUACAACACAGAUUCCAAAGAAGGUUCUUGGGUCCCACCUGAAACAUACUUAUCUAAAGAAUCAUGGCUCACAGCAGAAGAAAUUGAGGACAUCAUUGAGGAAGUUACAGCAAAUUACAUCCGCGAGAACAUUUGGUCUGCUUCGGAAGAAUUGCUUCGCUGCUUUCAAGCCACAAGCUUAGGACCCAACCUUAGGAAAGAGUUUGAAGCUAGGAAAUCAUUCUUAUAUGACCAAGAAGAGAGUGUGGUCAAAAUACAGGCUUUCUGGAAGGGGUGUAAGCAGCGACAAGAAUAUCUGAGCAGACAAAAAGUGUUCACUGGCAAUGUUGAUUCCAUUGUGAAGAUUCAGUCCUGGUACCGAAUGGCAACGGCGAGGAAGAGUUACCUUUCACGGCUGCAGUACUUCGAAGAUCACAAAAAUGAAAUUGUGAAAAUACAAUCCCUGUUGCGGGCAAACAAAGCCAGAGAUGACUACAAAGCCCUAGUUGGCUCUGAAAACCCACCCUUAACAGUAAUCCGAAAGUUCGUGUACUUAUUGGACCAAAGCGACUUGGAUUUCCAGGAGGAGCUGGAGGUAGCAAGGCUACGCGAAGAAGUGGUGACGAAGAUCAGGGCCAACCAGCAGCUGGAGAAAGACUUGAACCUGAUGGACAUCAAGAUUGGACUGCUGGUGAAGAACAGGAUCACUCUGGAGGAUGUAAUCUCACACAGCAAAAAGCUGAAUAAGAAAAAGGGAGGAGAAACGGAAAUACUGAAUAACACUGACAACCAGGGGAUUAAAAGCUUGAGUAAGGAGAGAAGAAAAACACUAGAGACGUACCAGCAACUGUUUUACCUUCUGCAGACCAACCCUUUAUACCUGGCUAAGUUGAUCUUCCAGAUGCCACAGAACAAGUCAACUAAAUUCAUGGACACUGUUAUUUUCACACUGUACAAUUACGCCUCUAACCAGAGGGAAGAGUACCUGCUGCUCAAGCUUUUCAAAACCGCUCUGGAGGAAGAAAUCAAGUCAAAGGUGGACCAAGUGCAGGACAUUGUGACGGGCAACCCUACAGUCAUCAAGAUGGUGGUCAGCUUCAACAGAGGGGCCCGGGGACAGAAUACCCUGCGCCAGCUCCUGGCUCCAGUGGUGAAAGAGAUCAUCGAAGACAAGGCUUUGAUCAUCAACACCAACCCUGUGGAGGUCUACAAGGCUUGGGUGAACCAACUGGAGACACAGACUGGAGAGGCCAGCAAGCUACCUUACGACGUGACCACAGAGCAAGCCCUGACAUACCCGGAGGUGAAGAAUAAACUGGAGGCAUCUAUCGAAAACCUGAGGAAGGUCACCGACAAAGUCCUGAGUUCAAUCACUUCUUCCCUCGAUCUGCUGCCUUAUGGAUUGAGGUAUAUAGCCAAAGUACUGAAGAACUCGAUCCGUGAGAAAUUCCCCGAUGCCACGGAAGAAGAGCUCUUAAAGAUUGUUGGAAACCUCCUGUACUACCGAUAUAUGAACCCAGCCAUCGUGGCUCCCGAUGGCUUCGACAUCAUUGACAUGACAGCUGGAGGUCAGAUCAAUUCUGACCAGAGGAGAAACCUGGGAUCUGUGGCCAAGGUUCUCCAACACGCAGCCUCCAACAAGCUGUUUGAAGGAGAGAAUGAGCACUUGUCAUCAAUGAACAAUUAUUUAUCAGAAACCUAUCGGGAAUUCAGGAAAUAUUUCCAAGAAGCUUGUGAUGUCCAUGAACCAGAAGAGAAGUUUAAUAUGGACAAAUACACAGACUUGGUGACCGUCAGCAAACCAGUCAUUUAUAUUUCGAUCGAAGAAAUCAUCAACACGCAUUUACUGCUGCUGGAACAUCAGGAUGCCAUCGCGACUGAAAAGGGUGACCUGCUGAAUGAGCUGUUAGAGUCGCUGGGGGAAGUGCCCACAGUGGAGUCCUUCCUGGGGGAAGGAGCAGUUGACCCCAAUGACCCUAACAAGGAAAACACACUAAAUCAGCUCUCAAAGACUGAGAUUUCCCUUUCCCUGACAAGCAAGUAUGACAUCAAAGAUGGCGAAGCUGUGGAUGGCAGAAGCCUCAUGAUAAAGACCAAAAAGCUGAUCAUCGACGUGAUCCGGAACCAGCCAGGGAGCACACUGAUUGAAAUCUUAGAGACCCCAGCAACGGAGCAGCAGGAACUGGAGCACGCCAAAGACAUGGAGAGCCGUGCCAUUGUAGACUCGAGGACUCCAGAAGAAGGGAAACAGAGCCAAGCAAUGAUGGAAGAUGCGUGCCUGCCUCUUGAGCAAAAGAAGAGGAAGAUCCAGAGGAAUCUUCGGACGCUGGAGCAGACCGGACACGUGUCAUCCAAAAAUAAAUACCAAGACAUUCUCAACGAGAUUGCCAAGGAUAUUCGAAAUCAAAGACUCCACCGCAAGCUUCGAAAAGCUGAACUGUCAAAACUGCAGCAGACCCUGACCGCACUUAAUAAGAAGGCAGCGUUUUAUGAAGAUCAAAUUAAUUAUUACGACACCUACAUAAAGACUUGUGUAGACAACCUAAAAAGAAAAAAUUCUCGGAGAUCAAUUAAGCUGGACGGAAAAGCAGAACCCAAAGGAACGAAGAGAGUGAAGCCAGUGAGGUACACAGCAGCGAAGCUGCAUGACAAAGGUGUCCUGUUGGGCAUAGACGACCUGCAAACCAACCAGUUUAAGAAUGUUACAUUCGACAUCAUAGCUACUGAGGACGUGGGCAUCUUCGACGUCAGAUCCAAAUUCCUCAGUGUUGAGAUGGAAAAGGUGCAGCUCAAUAUUCAGGACUUGCUUCAGAUGCAGUAUGAAGGGGUGGCUGUGAUGAAGAUGUUCGACAAGGUGAAGGUGAACGUGAACCUCCUCAUAUACCUGCUCAACAAGAAGUUCUACGGAAAGUGAGGUGCCUGCAGGGAGCGAGCGCGUGGAUUCUCUAUCGCCUGCGUUGAGAAAUGAGUUUGUCUAGUAUUUUUGUUUUAAAACAUGAUUGAAAUCACUGCUUACAAAUGUGUGAUUUUUUUUUUCAAAAGACCAAAACUGUUCUGAAGAAUGUAGCCACGUGCCUUUUUGAUAAUUGGAUACUAGGCCAGAGUGAGAGACAAGGUGGGCAGGUGCGACAGACACACACUGUUCGGUGGCACUGGAACUCCAGCUGGAAGCUCGGAAAACCCUGUGAUUUGUUUUAAAGUAGGGGGAGAAAGACUAGCUGACUAGGGACAAAUGUAUAAACCUAUUUUCCUAUGAAAAAAAAUUUUAAAUGUCCCACUUAAAUGAUGUAAUUCUUCAUAGAUUGUUUUUUAUCUGUGGAGAAGUAGAGAUCUAAUUAAUUUGUAAUGAAUUAUUUAGACAUAUAGCUCUAAGCCCUGUCUUCUGGGAAUUAUCGGUUUUAAAGAGAACUUUUGUGCAAUUCAAAAUGAAGUUUUUUAUAAGUAAUUGAAAGUGAUAAUACAAUAACACUUUCUGUAUAAAAGUAUAUAUUUUAUGUGAUUUAUUCAAUUUACUCAAAGUGCACUACUGCCUCAUGGAACAGCUCCUGUUUGGGGAGUCACAUGGACCACCGAGAAUAGCAGUUAUAGAUCCCCCCCCUUCACCCCUCACAGUUUAUCUGAAUACUUCAAUUGUGCCUAUCAAAUUUUUUGUAAUGCUAUAAAAUCAGUAUCUAGAUGGUUUUUAAAUGUAUUCUUUGAAAAUUGUUUU